AUGAUGAUGAUGAUAUUAGUGGUGAUUAGGAUAUGUCUUUUGGUUCUGCUGAGGAUGAUGAUGAGCCUGAAGAGACACCUAAGAAGGUUGAAUCAAGCAAGAAGAGACCUUCUGAAUCCGCAACUAAAACUCCAGUCCCUACUAAAAAUGCAAAAGCAGCUGCUACUCAAAAAACUGAUGGUAAGAAGGUCGGUGGUCAUACAGAGACUCCACAUCCUUCCAAGAAGGGUGCAAAGACUCUGCAACUAGUGAGCAAUCUAAGCAGAAGUCCCCAAAAUCUGGUGGUUCAUUCUCUUGCCAGACCUGCAGCAAGACUUUCGGCUCUGAAGUUGGUCUUCAGUCCCACACAAAGGCCAAGCAUGCUGGCGAUUAGUGACUGGGCUAUCACAACAUUUGCUGCUGUAGCAUGAUCUGGAUUUUCCUGGAAAUGGAUUCAUAGAGAGCUAGGGGUUAUUAGAUUUUGGCACCAUACAUGAGAGAGGGUUCUAGUUGAAUGUCCUGUUUUUGGAGUUUGUCUUUCCGGAUUUAGUUCUCUCAUAUUUUUGGAUAACGUAAAAAGAGGUUAUUUUUAUUGUUAUUAUGAUUUUUUUUUUUCUUCUUGCUUUGUAAUCUGCUUUUAUUUUACAUAACAUGGGAGAAUGAUGGAAG